GUUAAAAACCAAAUGCCCGUUCACUCUUGUUUCGGGCAAUCGAAGUGAUUUCUUACAUUAGGGUUUGAGCAACGGCGAUUUGCUCGUGCGUUUUACAUGGCGGAUCGAAUCAGCAAUUCGGCGCCGGCGGUGAAGCCGAUAUGGGCGAAACAAGCCGAGGAGGCCAAGUUGAAGAGCGAAGCGGAGAAGACGGCCGCCGCAAAGGCUGCCUUCGAGGCUACCUUCAAGAACGUCGACUCCUCAACCAUAACUGCUCCUGCAGCUUCGGACAGCGACUACGAGGACGAGGAGGACGAGGAGAGGCUUGCCAGGAAGCCGAUCGGACCUUUGGAUCCCAACAAGUGCACGGCGGCUGGCCCUGGCAUUGGUGGAGGGGCAGCCUGCUCGCCCUCCACUUUUACGGUGGUUACUAAGGAUGCCGACGGCCGAAAAUUGCCUCAUGGUGGGGCGCUUGUUAAGGUUAAGGUUGCUCCUGGAGUAGGAGUUGGCUGCUCCGAACAGGAAGGGAUUGUUAAAGAUAUGAAUGAUGGGAGCUAUAGUGUUACCUAUGUGGUUCCCAGCAAAGGAAAUUACAUGGUUAACGUGGAGUGCAAUGGCAAGCCAAUCAUGGGUAGUCCUUUUCCCGUUUUCUUCAGCGCGGGUAUAACUACUGGAGGGCUAUUGGGUGUUGCCCCACCAACAACAUAUUCAAAUAUGGUUAAUCAAACAAUGCCAAAUAUGCCAAAUUAUUCUGGUUCUGUCUCCGGGGCAGUCCCUGGGUUGCUUGGGAUGAUUCCUGGUAUAACUCAAGGAGCAUUGGGAGGGGUCAUUUUACCCGGAGUUGGCUUUUCUCUUGGGGAAGUUUGUCGUGAAUAUCUUUACGGGCAAUGUGUGAAAACUGAUUGUAAGUUCAAGCAUCCCCCUCACAAUCUUCUAAUGACAGCCUUAGCUGCCACUACCAGUAUGGGAACACUUAGCCAUGUUCCUAUGGCACCUUCUGCUGCUGCAAUGGCUGCUGCUCAGGCAAUUGUUGCUGCACAAGCACUUCAAGCUCAUGCUGCCCAGGCACAAGCUCAAUCGAACUCUACAAAUGACACUUCAGGAUCUGAUGAGAAAGAGAGAAAUGCCAAUAUUCUUAAGAAAACUGUGCAAGCUAGCAACCUCAGUCCACUUCUAACAGUGGAUCAGUUGAAGCAACUCUUUGGGUUUUCAGGAAUAAUUGUUGAAUGUAGCAUUACUGAGUCAAAGCACUUAGCUUACAUAGAAUACUCAAAGCCAGAGGAAGCAACUGCUGCUUUAGCAUUGAACAAUAUGGAAGUUGGUGGUCGGCCUUUGAAUGUUGAAAUGGCUAAACAACUCCCUCCAAAACCAGCCUAUUUAAAUUCCUCUACCACAUCAUCUUCUUUGCCCUUAAUGAUGCAGCAAGCUGUUGCCAUGCAACAGAUGCAAUUUCAGCAAGCUCUGCUAGUGCAACAAGCAUAUACUGCUCAACAGGCUGCUAGCCGAGCUGCAAGCAUGAAGAGUGCUACUGAUCUUGCAGCUGCCAGAGCUGCAGAAAUAAGUAAACAACUAAAAGCUGAUGGAUUUGUCACUGAAAGCAAGGAAACAAAUGAAAAAUCCAAGUCACCACCUAAUCCUCGAGGAAGGUCAAAGUCCAGGUCCAGGUCAAGAUCCAAAUCCAACUCUCCCAUCAGUUAUAGACGAAGGCCAAGGUCACGUUCCUUUUCCCCUCCACGAAGAUGGUUAAGAGGGUAUAGAUCCAGAUCACCAAUAAGAUCCCACCAUUAUUCAAGAUAUGAGGAUGAGCGUCGAUCAUAUAGGGAUAGUAGGCAUGCCAGUGACAGAAGUAGAAGGUGGAACUCUGGUAGAUUAUAUGACCGCGGGUCUCCUGUUUCAAGGAGAAAUAGAAGUAGGAGUGCAAGCCCUCGAGCUAGAAGGACAUAUAUAGAUGAUUCAGACUCGCCCAAACGCCAUCAUAAGAGUCCAAGACAUAAGACACGCUCUUCUCGUGCUGUGUCUACUUCUCCAGAACAUCGAAGGAAUAAGUCAUCCCUGAAGAAUGGUGAAAGUAAAUCAAGACAUAGACAAUUAUCAAGGUCAAAUUCUGUGGAACAUUCACCCAGCGAUAAAGUUGAUGAUGAAAAACAUGGAAAAUCAAAGGACAGGAAGAGGAGACACUCAAGGUCAGUCUCACCACAGGUUGAGCUGGAUAGGAAAAAGAGUGCGUCCUCUAAAAUCCUUGAUGCAAGCAAAUCAAAGGAAAAGAGAGAAUCGAGGUCCAGAUCACCAGAGGCAAAUCAUCGUUCUAAUAGAAACAGAGAGGAUAAAGCUAGAACUAUUGAUGAUAUAAGGUACUCCAGGUCGAGGUCUAGAUCCCCUGAAAGAAAACAUUAUACAAGUGAAAAAUUAGACAGAAACAAAGAUAAAUCUAAGCAUCGCUCUAGAAAGCAUUCCAGAUCAAGGUCUAAAUCUCCCACUGAGAAACACCACUCAAGUAGUAAAUAUGACAAGAGUAGGGAAGAGAAGUCUAGUCGUCAUCUGAGAAGGCGGUCUAGAUCUAAGUCUGCUGAAGUUAAGCGAGAAAGAAGUAGAAGGAAGUCUCCAAGGCAUUCAGAUCAACACAAAUCAAGGCAUCAAAAGCGCUCUAGAUCUAGAUCUCUAGAAAGUAAACAUGAACAUGAGCAUGAUGAUUUGGAUAUGGGUAAUCAUGAACUCACAAACCAUGUUAACGAAAAGCCUAUGAAGUUGAUCUUGGAAGAUGAGCUGCCUAGUUCUGAUUCAAUGGAGCUGGAUAUUGAUAAUGUUCAUCGUGGGGAUCAGAAUGAGAGUGAGAAACCAGAGAGCAGUGUCUUUAAAGGAGUUGAUUUAACCAUCAGGGAACAAGAUCAUACUGAUAAACAAUCUAGUGUUGAUGCAUAGAUGCAUGCGAUUGAGAGUUUAUCCUGUUCGACAUUAAUUCAAGGCUUUAUGAUUCAUUUCGAUAGGGAGGGCCAUCUUAAGCGUUACAAGACAGAAAAUCAAGUUGAAGCUUAGGAUUGAGGAACCAGAUGCCAAUAUGUUCAAUGGGAGGACUCUCUUACGUGGCGUAGUGGUCAUUUUUGAUUACUCGCUGUUCGUGUGACAAAUUCGAUGUGUUUGCUUUCUGUUGCAGGUGGUGGAAGCAAUUGGAGUCUGGUGAGGCAAUGCUUGUUGGAAUGUUCACUCAUUGUCUUUGAAUGAUAUGUGAUCAACUGUGCAAUGUGUUUUAGCAAUCUACUUUGUGAGCAUGCAGUUUUGCAGCUUGCUCUAUGGUGGGAAAUUACCUCUGUCAUGAGGUUCAUGCUGCUUUCUGUGGGCGCUUGUCAAAUGAGUCAAACAGUUUAUCUCAUUGUUUAUGAAGGUAUGCAUUUGCUGAAGUGGGCUGUUCUUGGCUUUUGGUAAAAGCUAUUUUCCAAUGGAACCAUGAGCUGAAAGUUUUAUUAUAGGAACUUUCUUGUGAAUUUCAAGGUUAUGUUAAUUUUAAGCUCUCCUAAUGUUAUCCUUUUGGGGGGUGGGGUGGAUUUUUGGUACCCUUUCUUUUUUCUUUCUUUUUUUUCUUCUCUCUCCUUUUCUACAAGUGCUCGGUUAGGUAGUCAAUGCAACCAGGUAUUGCUGAGAUGGAUAGCAUCACUGUGCUCCUUGAAUCCAAGUAUGUCAAGAUUUGCUAGGGUUAUGUUCUUUAAUUUACAGAGAAUAUGAAAUGCUAUUUUCUAACAGGUAAUUCAUUCUCUUCAAAGAAUUAAAUUUACUCAUUAAUCUGUAUUGGCGCAAAAAAAGAUUGCACAGCGUAUUAGUUUGCCAGAUUUUGGAGUAUCUUG